UUAAUUUAGUUUGUGUGUUAUCAGAAGUGGAUGCUGUCAAUGACCCCCAUGCUUUCCCAUCCAAUUAUCUUUGAAGCCCCAGCUGCCUUUGCCUUUAUCUGUGAAACGACCUAUCACACACAUUCUAGGGUCCUGAGCAGGAAACAUGAAAUCCCUGGAAAAACCACCAGUGUGCAACCCCAUGUUAACUCAUGUGGAUCAUUUGGGAAAAAAAUCCCAAGCUGAAGCUACUUGCUGCUUUGUGGGUCUGGAAAACUCCACAAAAGGAUGAGAGGAGAAAAGCUGAUGCCUUGUGUACUUAUCACUCUACUGGGGCUGACCCUGAUGGAGUCAGCUCAUGGACAGCACAUGUCAGACGAACCCUGCUCUGUCCAAAUUCUCGUCCCAGGACUCAAAGGAGAGGAAGGAGAAAAGGGAGUGAAAGGAGCACCUGGGAGACCAGGAAGAAUGGGUCCACCAGGGGAGAUAGGACAUCUGGGAGUUAAAGGGCAGAAGGGAAUAAUGGGACAUUAUGGGAAGAUUGGCCCCAGUGGAGUCAAAGGUGCAAAGGGAGAUAUGGGUGAUGCUGGAUCAAGGGGCCCGAAUGGUGAUCCAGGUGUUCCAUGUGAAUGCACACCCCUGAGGAAAAUUAUUGGUGAGAUGGACAUCCUAGUGACACAGUUAUCCAAUGAGCUGAAGUUCAUAAAAAAUGCACUGCCCUCCCCUGCAGCUGUUGCCGGCAUCAAAGAGACCGACAGCAAGGUCUAUCUGCUGGUCAAGGAGGAGAAACACUACACCGAUGCAGAGGUCUAUUGUCAGGGGAGGGGUGGACACCUGGCCAUGCCCAAGGACGAGGGGGCCAAUGCGGCCAUCGCUGGGUACAUCACAGAGGCGGGCCUGAGCCGGGUGUACAUUGGUAUCAACGACAUAGACCGCGAGGGCCAUUUCACCUACGUGGAUAACUCCCCAAUGAGCACCUUCAGCAAGUGGAGGGAAGGGGAACCCAACAAUGCCUACGAUGACGAGGACUGUGCUGAAAUGGUGGCGGUGGGGGACUGGACCGAUGUGGCCUGCCACUCCACCAUGUACUUUGUCUGUGAGUUUGACAAGGACAGUGGCUGAGGAGCAUUUGUUUGAAAGUGGUAGUGAAUUAUAGAGAAGCCUUUUAUAGAGUUCUACAGAUGUUGUUCAGUAUGUAGAAUUAUUUUGACACCGCUGCAUUUAAAUGUAAUCACCCAGCAGUGCUAAAUCUCAUUGUACAGUAUAAAAGAUUGAGUACUGACAUGCAACAACAGUUGUGUAAAGACAUGGUGUUUCUUCUCAGUUGUUCCAGUUUUCUUCCUUUUUGACUUGAAUGUUUGACUUGAAUGGAUGCUGUUUUUCUAAACCAUUGCAUUUAAUGGAUACAGCUAUUUCUACCCUGAUCUCUUAAUCUACUUGGAAUCUGCUUUUUGAAGAUAACUUUUUUUUGUCUUUCUCAUCAUGUUUAUGUGAGGUAUAUAUUGUAUCUUGAAGUGAACUGAUUUUUAACCCUCAAACCACUAACAUAGUUACAUAUAGUGCCUAGGCAAAAGUA